UGGUCAGGGUUUAUUGCUUCGCCCAUGGCGGAGCGUGCGUGUGUGAGACCGCAGGGUAUAUAAAGGUAUGAGCUGACACCGGCUUGGCCUCUGCGAGCUAAACAUCACGGUUGGAAAAAGGGGGGUCUCUCAGUUUCAGGGCUUUCGGAUGUCCGGCAGCUGUCCUGAGAGGAUUUAACGAGUCAAAGACACGAGUGUGGAGCCCAACAUGGUACAGCUGUCUCCUUUCCCUACCCUGGAUGUCACCCCUCCACCUGAACGCUCCGAAGAAGGGGUGGAAAGACAGGAGGACCCCUUGACUGCUGGUAGCCCGAAGGUGGGCUCGCCCGGUGGUCUGAGCGCCCUGCAGCUCAGCCUGGAGGCCUCCACACCCUACCAUGGCUAUGAAACCUACAUAGAAGAUGGUCUCAUCUGCCUCAAACACAAAGUCCGCAACCUGGAGAAAAAGAAGGUAGGAACGCUGAAACUGGAAGACUACAAGAAGAGGCUGAAGAGGGGCGAGGUUCUCAACAAGGAUCAGAUGGUGGCUGUGGAAAAGUACGAGGAGGUGCUGCAUAAUCUGGCAUUUGCUCAGGAACUACACAAAACUCUGGAUGGUUUGACUCAGAAUUUGCUUAGAGCCCAGAAGAAGGCCGUGAAGAAGGAGCAGGUGGCGAAGAUGGAGGUGGAGCGGAGCCGUCUGAGCACCGUGCUCCAGGUCCACCACCUGCUCCACAGCCUGCAGCAGGAGCACAUCAGGAGAGACCUGCAGACUGGUCACAACCAGGCACCCCGCAUCUCGACUCAGCUGCUGCACAGCCUGAGUCAGCUCGCCGCCCUGCUGGGAGUCAAGAGGGAUAACAGACUGAGUUUAGAGGAACAGAUGGAGCAAGCAUCCUUUGCCUACUUGGACCUGCUGGAGGGGAAAGACAAGCCAGUGGCUGGAUCCACAUUUAAGCUGUUGAAAGAGGAGCUGACCAAGCUGUUGAAGUGCAAAUACUUCAGUUGUCUUCCACCGCCUCCCAACAAGUGUCCAGAGGUGGUACUGAGCUCAACCAGCCAUAGUGCCACAUUGAAGCCAAAGCCAGAUGAAGCUUCUAAGGAGUUUUUCAACAGACUGUACCUGACUGACAUGGCGACUCCUCUCACUCAGAACUGGAAGGAGGACUUCCAGGCCAUGAGGGAGCGUGAGCCUCCUGACUGCUGGGAUAUGGACUUCACAGAGGAAAGCGCCUCACCCAAAGCUGCAGUCCACAAAACGUGGAGAGGAGCUGCCACUUUCAUCCCCAAAGUCCCAGUCACUACCAAGAAGCAAUCUGCUGACUGCAAACAGAGAAAAGAGAAGAGAGCCAAAGGAGAGCAUCAGGCCAAGUCGGCAGUUCACAUGGAAAUGCCUGUGGAGGUUUUCAACUCUCAGUCUGCUUUGCCUAAAGACCCCAUCCUGAGGAAGCAGCACCUAGAGGACCUCAUGACAAAGAUCCACGGCUCCUUCAGUUUCAUGCAGGAUUCUCUUCUGGAUGGUGAGAUCUCUCCUAAUAAUGGCAACCCCAGACUGAAGAGACGGCCGUCUGGAUCUCCAUCUCCUCUGGCUCACACAGACCUAAGAAGCCCAGGUGAUGUUUUGCCCAAAGCAAUGCAUUCCACCCCACUGCCUACCAGGCUUAUGGAGCGCAAAGCCAGUCUGACCAAUGGGGAUCAGUGCCUGGAGACCUGUGACCUGGAGCUUUCCUCAAAGACCCUACCUCAUGAGCCGCCGCAAUUGGCCGAAAGAAAGAAGUUUCCUUCACCACCACUGUACCGCAGGGAGUCAACCAUCUCUGUCAGUCUGGAGGACAAGAGUCGUCCUCGUACACCGGUGACUGAGUCAGGGGAGCAGUCCUCCUGUAAUGGGGUGAGAUCCUGCACCUCCACCCCCCCUCAGGGACAGACUUUCUCCACACCCCCUACUAGACUAACUCUGACGUCUGCACAGUUUCAGAAUAUCCAGUCAGUCUUCAAGGUGAAUGCCUCCUUACCUCAAAAUGGGGAACUCAACUAUAAACCAGAUUCUGCAGUUUUCUCUGAACCCAGGUACAGUACUGCCAGUACCCAAACACCACCUGAGUUUGCUCCCUCAGAAGAUGAACCACAGACGGUGUACCAGUCAGAUUAUUCAGUGGGUAAUGGUGGACAGAUCUUCCUGUCCCCGGGCCAGUCAGGUGGAAGUGUGAAUCGACCCGGCCAGUCGAACUACACCAGAGGAUCUGUGAGAGGUAUGGCACGUGGUGGCAAGGGACUGGCACAAACCUUACGCUCUUCUGGUUGGCAUCGAGGAGGAUCCUACAUCCCCCAGAGUCAUUUCAGGGAUUCAGGCACUCUCCUCUAUGCUCCUAGAGACACUGCAUACCAACACAGCUACAGACGCGGAGGAGGGAGGCAUAAUUCUAGUGCAGCGUGGAGUGACUCAUCCCAGGUGAGCAGCCCAGACCGGGAAGGAGCCUUUACAAUUGUGGAUUCGGGUCAUGGGGAUUCCCUGUCAGUC